UCUGGGCGAGCUGUAAGGUGAGCCACUGAAAACUCGGGCUGCUUUGUUAUUUACCCUCACAGCAGCUUGUUGCUCUCUGGACGUUGGGGAUGGAGUAACCUUCAUGUUGGAGGUUGUUUGUACGUUCAGUGGACGACCGGAGCUGUCUCACAAUGGACAGAGAAACCAAAGGAGAUGCAGCUCAGCCUCCAGGUUGCUGCAAAGACACUGACAGGAUCGACCCCUACGGCUUCGAAAGGCGGCACGAUUACGAUUCCUACAAAGAGAUGAUGAACGAGUACGUGACUGUCCUCAACAGAAGGUCGAUGAGGUGGUCCAAGCUCCUGGAAGACAAACCCAACGUGGAGAAGAACCUGACGGUGAAAAGAUUUGUGCGUAAAGGUGUUCCCAAUGAGCACCGAGCCAGGAUCUGGAUGGCAGCGAGCGGUGCUCAGGAACAAAUGGAGAGCAAGCCAGGUUACUACCAGUCUCUAUUAGCCAUGGAGCACGACGCCAAGCUCAAAGAGACCAUUCACACAGACAUGCACCGGACCUUUCCUGACAACAUCCUCUUCAAGAGCCGAGCGGAGGAGGGUCUGCAGAAGGUUCUGUUCAACGUGUUGCUGGCGUACGGACACCACAACCAGACCGUGGGAUACUGUCAGGGGAUGAACUUCAUUGCAGGCUACCUCAUCAUCAUCACCAAGGAUGAAGAGACAUCCUUCUGGCUCAUGGAUGCGUUGCUGGGCAGAAUACUCCCAGACUACUACAGCCCAGCCAUGCUGGGAUUGAAGACGGACCAGGAGGUUCUUGGGGAGCUGGUGAAGACCAAAGCCCCCGCCGUGGGACAGCUCAUGGCUCAGUAUCCUGGCAUAUGGACACUGGUGGUGUCGCGCUGGUUCAUCUGCCUCUAUAUUGACAUCCUCCCCAUAGAGACGGUUCUGAGGAUCUGGGAUUGCCUUUUCUACGAGGGCUCCAAGGUUCUCUUCAGAGUUGCUCUGACUCUGAUCCUCCACCACCAGACGGAGCUGCUGAGAGCGCGCUCGCUGCCCGACGUGUGCGAGUGCUUCAAGCAGAUGACGUGUGGGUCUUUCACGCUCGACUGUCACACCUUCAUGCAGAAAAUAUUCACAGAACCCGGGACGCUGUCGAUGACGACUGUUGAUAAACUGAGAGAGAAAUGCAGAAGACAAAUCUUGGAGGAGGAAUCCCGACAGCCCUGAGGGAAUUCAAACGACCAGGAACAGGUCUGACCAGCGACGAUGACAAAGGGGAAACAUGAAACGCAGACGUCUUUCCUUCAUUCACUUUUAUUGACUUCUCCUUUAAAAAAAACAGUUCAAACAAAUCCAAUAAAACAUUAUUAUUAAA